AUGGAGCUUCAUCGCCACCCAGAACCAGGUAAUGCCGACGGUCUGUCUUACGGGCCGGGCUCCGCCGAAAGAGAUCUCUUAAAGUCAGCUUUGGCUGAGAUGGAAAGUGUAGUCACCGAUAUUCCCAGUAUCAUCAACGGCGAGCGCAUCUACACCGGCCGCAAGGGCAAACAGGCAAAUCCGUGGAACAACCAUGGCCAGCCGUUGGCCGAAUACUACGAGGUGGAUAGCAACACUGUCACAGAGAAGGCGAUCCCAGGCGCUCUAGAGGCAAGGAAGGUCUGGGCCAACAUGCCUUUCCGGGACCGGGCUGCAAUCUACAAACGCGCAGCCCUGCUAGUCGAGACUCCCAAGUACCGGUGGAAGCUCAUGGCAGCGGCAAUGAUCGGACAGGGCAAGACUUGUGGACAGGCAGAGGGCGACUGUAUCACCGAAGUCAUCGAUACGCUGAACUUCCACGUCUACUUCUGCGCCCAGCUCUACCAGCAGCAACCUCCUAAACAGUUUGCUUCAUCGUCCAGCAAGCUGGAUUACAGGCCCCUCGAGGGCUUUGUGCUUGCCGUUUCGCCGUUUAAUUUCACGGCCCUGGGAGCGCACAUUGCCUUAACGCCCGCGAUUCUGGGUAAUGUGGUUCUGUGGAAACCAUCGCCAAUGGCGGUGCUUUCCAACUACAUCCUCUACCAAAUCAUGGAGGAAGCCGGGCUGCCCAAGGGAGUUGUUCAGUUCCUACCCGUCGCUGAUCCGACGACGGUCGUUGAUCCUGCCCUCUCCAGUCGCGAUUUUGCUGGGCUGCACUAUACAGGCUCUUCCGUUGUUCUAAGGUCUCUCUGUGCUCGUAUUGGCGUCAACACGCACAUCUACAGGAAUCUCCCCCGCGUAGUAGGGGAGAGUGGCGGCAAGAACUUCCACCUCGUCCACAACUCCUGUAAGGAUGAUGUCGACUGGCUGGCCUCAGCAGCGGUCCGAUCUGCGUACGAGUUCCAGGGGCAAAAGUGCAGUGCACUAUCCCGGUUCUAUGUUCCGCGGUCCCUGUGGGACCAGGGAGAUUUGAAGAAAGCCCUGCUUCGCGAGGCCGCGAAGAUGACCCACGGCGACGACGUCAAGGACCUCCAUCACCCCUUGGGGCCCUUGGUGUCACAAGAGGCUUUUCAACGGUUCCAGCAGUUUGUCGACAGGGCACAGAGUGAUGGACACGAGCUAGUCUACGGUGGUAAAACGGAUGGCAGCCGUGGCUUCUUCGUUCAGCCUGCCAUUUUCAUGGCCAGCGACGGCGACAGCGACAGCGAGCUGAUGACAACGGAGCUAUUUGGGCCUCUAUUUGCCGUGCAGACCUAUGAUGAUAGCUCACCUACUGGCUUCGAGAAGGUCUGUGAGCUGAUUGACAAGACAUCCGAGUACGGGCUAGCGGGCUCUGUCUUCUCCCGCGAUCGGAUGGCCAUCCGAGUUGCUGACGAGAAGCUGCGAGACUCGGUCGGCAUGUUUUGCAUCAACGAUAAGAGUACGGGGGCAAUUAUUGGAGCACAUCCGUUCGGAGGAGCGCGGUCUAGUGGCACAAAUGACAAGGCCAACUCGGUUAAUGUCCUGCUUCGAUUCUCGAGCAUUCGCUGUGUCAAGGACACCUACGUAACUGGGAGCGCGACCCUGGGCGCAUGUCAUGUUCCGGAAUAG